CGGUUCGGUUAUGUUCUGUUCUGUUUAGUUUAGUUCGGUUUCUCCUUUUUCCAACAGUCACGGCAACAAAUUAAAUUUCAACAAUUUAAUUAUAAUCCCUCCAAUUAACUAAAUCUCUUUGCCUUCCUUUCGGUUGUCGCUUUGUUUUGGUUGUGCUUUCUUCCAAUUCGGAUUCUGUUCGGUUUUUGUCUCGGUUAUUAUUAAAAUAAAUAUACUCGCGUAAAACCAAACAUCCAUCCCACCCUGAAAAUUGUUUCGUAAUCGCACUGAAAUCGAAAUCGAGAAAACAGCAACAAGUUUUCCACGAUCUGAGAGCAGAUCCAUCCAACGUCCAGCCCAACGGGAAGAAAAGUAAACUUUCGGGCACACAAGCAACCCAAACGUACCCAUACGUAUACGUGUUAUACGCGCUCCUAACUAGGCUAUAGAAUACGCCUGAGAUCGGUCCACAGGCAGAAAUACUUUUGUGUUCCAUUUCGGUUGAUCCACCCUGCGUGCGCCUCAGGAAAGGGAUCCCCCUGCAGUAUUAUCUCAAGAUCAACUCUAUAAACGCCUCCUCCUCCCUUUAUUACUGUCUCGUGAACAAGUUUUUCGCAAAAAAGAAAGCACAGACACAACAUGGUCGAGGGUCAGACAGCCGUGCAACAGCAGCCCCAACAACAGCCACCUGCUGGAGCUGCCAGCAACACUGCCAGCAGCAGCACCACCAUCUCCGCCACAGGAACAGGCACCGGCGUAGGAUCUACAGGAUCUACGGGAAAUGUGACGACCAACAGCCAGGCGCAGAUAAACGGAGGUACAGCCUCGACAUCGCCUGCAGCAGCCGGAUCUGGUUCGGGUUCUGGAUCGACGACAACCGGAUCGAAUGCCAGUGGCCAGGCAUCCAAUGCCAACAAUUCAACAGCGAAUAACAACAACAACAACAACACUGCUAACAACAAUAAUAACAACAACAACAACAACGAACCAGAUCCAAAAACUAAUCUGAUUGUAAACUACUUGCCACAGACAAUGUCCCAGGAUGAGAUACGUUCGCUGUUCGUUAGCUUCGGAGAGGUGGAGAGCUGCAAGUUGAUACGCGACAAGGUGACAGGCCAGAGCCUGGGCUAUGGCUUCGUGAACUACGUGAAGCAGGAGGAUGCCGAAAAGGCCAUCAAUGCACUAAAUGGUCUGCGGCUGCAGAAUAAAACCAUCAAGGUUUCCAUUGCCCGGCCCAGCUCGGAGAGCAUUAAAGGCGCCAAUCUCUAUGUAUCGGGUCUUCCAAAGAACAUGACACAGUCGGACCUCGAAUCAUUGUUCAGUCCUUACGGCAAGAUCAUCACUUCGCGCAUACUUUGUGAUAAUAUCACCGGUCUCUCCAAGGGCGUUGGCUUUAUACGCUUCGAUCAGCGCUUUGAGGCCGAUCGGGCCAUUAAGGAGCUGAACGGCACCACUCCGAAGAACUCCACCGAACCGAUAACCGUCAAGUUUGCUAACAAUCCCAGCAGCAACAAGAACAGUAUGCAGCCACUGGCCGCCUACAUAGCUCCACAGAACACCCGAGGCGGUCGGGCAUUCCCCACGAAUGCCGCUGCCGGAGCUGCAGCCGCAGCAGCAGCCGCUGCCAUACAUCCCAACGCGGGCCGUUACAGCUCGGUUAUCUCUCGAUACUCACCGCUGACCAGCGAUCUGAUCACCAAUGGGAUGAUUCAGGGCAACACCAUUGCCAGCUCCGGCUGGUGCAUUUUCGUCUACAAUCUGGCCCCCGAGACCGAGGAGAAUGUGCUGUGGCAGCUGUUUGGGCCCUUCGGGGCCGUGCAGUCGGUCAAGGUGAUUCGCGAUCUGCAGAGCAACAAGUGCAAGGGCUUCGGGUUCGUCACGAUGACCAAUUACGAGGAGGCGGUGCUGGCCAUACAGUCGCUCAAUGGCUACACGCUGGGCAACCGGGUGCUCCAGGUCAGCUUCAAGACCAACAAGAACAAGCAAACGUAAUUACUAUCCAAGUUGGCUGCUGUUGUCAAUGCCAAUGCGGCGGCGGCGGCCUUGGCGGCCAAUGGUCUGGUGCUCCACAACCAUCGUCAGAACAAUCAGAACAACAUCAGUAGUAGCAUCAGUACUUCGAACAAUCCACAUGGCAAAUAUGCUAACCACAACAACAGCAGUAGCAACAACAGACAGCACAACACCAACAACAACAGCCACAGCAGUAGCAGCAGCAACACGAGCAAACAGCAGCAGCAACAGCAGAGGCUCCAAUCAACAACACAAAGCAACAAGCAACAAUCAAUGCCGCCACCUAAGAGAUCAUCAAACAACACUUCAUCAGUCGCAGCAGUCGCAGUGUCCAAUGGCGAUGCUGGAAGCAGCACUGGCAAUGGCGCUGCAGCCUCCUCCUCCUCGGCUUCGUCGUCGAGCAACAUUUUGAAAACAUCCACAAAAUUCAUUUACAACAAGCCACAAAAUCAAUUUGAGUUGCUCCAGCAACAGCUGCAACUGCAGCAGGAAUUCGCCCAGUUCCUGACAAACGUGGCCAGCAGUGCAGUAGGAUCAGGAUCCAGCAGUGCAGCCAACACAUCAGCAGGAACAGGAGGCUCUGUGGGUAGCCAUGGAAGCCAGCGGAACGGAUUAGGAGGAGGAGGAGCCCUGGGAAUGGGCAUGGGCAUGGGACUGGGACUGGGAAUGGCAGCCAAUGGAUCGUCGUCAGGAGCUGGCUCUGGGAACAAAAACAUGCCCUCCUGGUCGAAUUGGUUCUUUUAAAGAUCCCCGUAACUACUCAUUAUUUUUCCUUUAUUUACUCGAUUCAACCUCUUAUGAAUUAAUUGGUUUCUCAAUUUGUUAGGCCCAUUUAGCUUCAUUUACUUCAAAUUACUUUGUAAGCUGGCCAAGAGGCAACAUUUGGUGACUCAAGCCGAGGCGAUUAUUUUUUCAUUUUGAUAGCUUAAAUCCAAAGCAUCAGGCUAAGCAAAUCCUAGUUUAAGUUGAUUACGUUUCGAUGAAUUAUGAAUUCGUUUUUCGUUUUGUAUCACAUCCUCCACACAUCAAUUGUUUAACUUAAAUCGAGGCGCAUAUCAAUCGGGCCCGUGAUUGAAUAAGUACUACAAAAUAAGUGCAACUGUACCCUUAUAUUUUAUUCGUUAAUGCACUUUUAAAGAAACAUCUAUCUAGUCGCCACUAGCGGACAGAAUGGCUUCCAGAAGGGAAUAAACUGAGAAACGGAGAUAAGUAAAGCUGUAGUUAAGUUUUUGUUUGGGAUGUACUCCACUCUACUCUACUCUACUCUACACAUAUUUUUAAACAGAGCAGAUAAUUAUGAGAGGAGCAUUUUGAUGGCAAUGAAGCCCACAAUCCACCAAAGAAUGAGAAACAAACAUGACAAAUAUUUAAGCUAUAAAUAACUGUAUAAAUGAGAUACGAAAACAGAACUGAAUGCGUAAACAGAUACAAGUGUAGAGGCGUUUGGUUUGGCAUAUAGUCAGACCAGGCCGUUUUGCUAAUAGACAAAGCAGAGCAGAGAAUGAGAGGGAAAGCUAGAUACAAGAUACAAGAAGAAUACGAGAAGCAACCAAACAAGACAUGCAUAUGUUUAUGUUUUAUAUUAAAUGUAUAACUUUUUCUAAAAUAAACGAUGUAUGCAUAAUAUACCCACA